AUGGAUCCUUCAUUUAUGAUAAAGUUAAACAACAUAGCGGAAAAGUAUAAUUAUGAAUUUCGUGAUUGUGAUAUAGUUGAUUUAACAGAAUUUUCAGUCACUAAAACAGGAGAUUUCCUAUCAUCAUUACCAGAUAGUAUAUUAUCAGAUGAUGAAAAUGAUUGUGAUAUUGAAAAUAUUCAACCAUCUACAAAUAGAACAGGAUCUUUUACAAAUACUACUAUUGUCGGUACAUGUAGUGAUACAGAAAAGGAAGAAGAAAAUGAGGAAGAGGAGGAGGAGGAUGAGAAGGAAGUAACAAUGGAAAGUUCAUUAUUUAAUGAAAAUUCCAAAAUGGAUUUUAAUAAUGUAAAAGCUGCCUUAUGUUCAUUGGAAAAAUCAGUAUCUUCUUGGGAAAAGCGAAGAUUUGGUUCACUGAAUGGGUCAAAUUUAUAUACAAGCAAUAGUAGUAGCAGCAGCACUAAAAACAGUCCUAUCCCAGAUGGUGAUAGAAAUCAUUCAAAAGAUAGAAUAUUAUCACAUAUGAAAUCUAAUAAUUUACAUCACAUUAAAAGAAUUUCACAUAAAGAUAAAUGGAAAUCACCUAUACAACUAUCAACAUCAAAACAACGUGUUAUUGAAUGGUUAAAACAACAAGAAUCAUUUAUGUCACAAUUUAUAAUGUGA